CUGGGGGGGGGGGAGGUCCCGGCUGCCGGGGCUGAGGGAGAAGGGGGCUGGCGCCUGGCCUCCCGGGGCUGAGGCGGGCCAAGAGCUGAGCGAGCCAGGCCGGGCUCCCGAGGUCUCGGCACGCGUGUGGAAGGCGGGAUCCCCCGGCCCCUCCUCCGCCGUCGGGCGCCGCCCCGCCCCCGCCCCCGCCCGGGCCCUCCGGAGCGUGUGCAGCGAGGAGCCGGCGGGCGAGCGGGCGUCCCCGCAGCCAGCGAGCGGGAGGAGGAGCCGCGCCGCGCCAGGGGCAGCCGAGGAGCCGAAGAGGGCGCCCCAGGUGGCUGCCCCUACCCUCUCCUGAGAUGUCAGGAAGGAGGGGACCACCUGUGUCCCCCACCGGGGCCCCCCAGAGCCUGGGGGCCCCCAGCCCUGGAGCCUGGAGGUGGAGGAGGUGCUGACAGGUGCUCAGCGAGAUGCUCCUCAGCCCUUCCUGCUCCCUCCCCAUCCUCCUCCUUUUCCUCCUCCCCAGCGUUCCAAUGGAGCCCCACCCCCCACCCUUACCACUGCCCCCCUUUCUAGCCCCUGAGUGGGACCUCCUGUCCCCCCGAGUAGUCCUGUCCAGGGGCACCCCCGCCGGGCCCCCUCUGCUCUUCCUGCUGGAGGCCGGGGCUUUUGGGGAGCCAGCAGGCCGCCCUGCCAACCGCAGCCGGCGAGGGGCGAGCGAGACAGCACCCGCAAAUCGCCGGGGAGAGCUGGCUGUGUGCGAUGCGGUCAGCGGCUGGGUGACAGACCGCCGGACGGCCGUGGACCUGCGUGGGCGUGAGGUGGAGGUGCUGGGCGAGGUUCCCGCGGCUGGUGGCAGUCCCCUCCGCCAGUACUUCUUCGAGACCCGCUGCAAGGCUGACAGCACCGAGGAAGGUGGCCCCGGUGGGGGAGGAGGGGGCUGCCGGGGUGUGGACCGGAGGCACUGGGUAUCUGAGUGCAAAGCCAAGCAGUCCUACGUGCGGGCACUGACCGCUGAUGCCCAGGGCCGUGUAGGCUGGCGAUGGAUUCGAAUUGACACUGCCUGCGUCUGCACGCUCCUCAGCCGGACUGGUCGGGCCUGAGUCCCAUGCCCAGGAACUGGGCAGGCAGAGGAAGAAGACGGCUGGAUCCCGAGGGACCUCAGGGGUGGCCUGACCGCUCCGGGCCUCAGUUUGGGAACUUGUGAAAUGGUCACACAAUCACAGCUUUCUGACUCUGAGAGCUCAAUCCAUGCCAGACAGGUGGUGGAACCAAAUGGGGUUUUGAAGGAUGAGUAGGAGUUCUCCUGGAUGAACUUGAGGGUAAUGAUGAUGAUAAUAAUAGCCCAAUUUUGCCGAGUGUCUACUGUUUAUCAGCGCUAAUACACAAUUUGUCAGAUCAACUCUAGUGGAUUCGACCAUCAGAGGCCCUUGGCUUCUCAGUUGCUAACCACUUGAUCUCAGAAGACAUCUUGCUCACCCUGGAGAGAGUGACGAGGAAGUGAUCUGUCAAGAAGUGGGUGGGGGAGCAUAAAAACUGGAACACAUAGGCAAGUAGCUGGGAGGUCGGGUUUGAAUGAGAAAUCUUACUUGGUCACAUGGGGCAAGUGUUGGCUUCGAACGUUCUCUUUUGAGGUAGUGAGCCACCCGUCACAGAAGGAGCAAAAGCAGGGUUGACUGACCGGAGGUCAGGAGACUGGAGAAUUUGGCCCUACUGGGAAGCUGGAGUCAGGUUUCUACUCCCUUUUCUGUCCCAACUUGUACCCAUAUCGGGAAAGAAAUAGACCUUAGAAGUGUCCAGCUUGAGUGUGGCAUGAGGUUCUGACCAAUUGACCUGACUCCUGGCUGGAAUCAGGGGUCAUGUGGACAGUGAAUGGGCCAGGAAAAUCCAAAAGGAGAAGUGGCCCCAGAAGCCUGAAUGAGGGGGUCAGUGGGACCCUGUGCCAGGCUGCAGAAGGUAGCCUCACUUUUCCCCAUCUGAACAAUGGGUCAGUGGGGUUGAAAGAAUGGGACCGAGGAGGCAGAGGCCUUGACGAAAUGGCCUGUAAAGUGAGGAAGUACCAAGGGAAGUCAGGGGUAACCCUUCAUAUAUCACCAGUCCAUAUCUUAAGACUUAACACACACACACACACACACACACACACACACACACACACACACAUUCUUUUAGAAUCAAUUUUCCCAUCCCCCACCAACCCAGACUGGGCCCCUGGGAAGGGUAGGGGUGGCAGGGCCAGGCAGGGACUGGCUGCCUCUGUUUCUACAUCUCCGUGUUUCUAGAUCUGUGGUUCCCCACCCUCUUUUUUUUUUUUU